AUGGGGAUAAAAAAAAUAGCUGCAGGAGUGCUUUUGCUGGGGGCUUCUGGGAUAUUUCAGGCAAACGCCAUUGAUAAAAUAGAGAAAAUGUUUAUGAAAGCGUGCAAGGAGCUGCAGCAGGACAUGCAUGACGUGAUAAAUACCGAAGCAAGCAAGCUGAUAAGUAGGGCCGAGGCAGAUACAGACAGCAAGAGCGAUAUGCUCAAGGCCGUGGUAACAUGCAUGCCAGAACCUGCACAUCUUCUGAGCAGAAUCAUGGAGAAGUUUUCGGACAGGGCUGCGUGCGACUCGACAGAGGACGAAAUAAAGUGCAGGAACAGCGUGCAGGCUACGUUUAACCAUGUGAUUUUUCUGGAGAGGAUGCUAAAUAAUGAAAAAUCGAUCAUGCUAGAAACGCUCAAUCCGUCAAGCGCGAAGAAGCUCCGCGCUCUGUAUAAAAGCCCGGCCAAGAAGCUGAAGAGAAGGCAGAAGAAGCUGAAGCUGAUUGGAGCAAGCCUGAAAAGAAGCAAAAAAAUGGAGAGUGAGUGUUUCAAAUGUGUAAGCCGCCUGAAAGAAGCCCAGGACACUGUGUUUAACAAUUACAGCAACCUAACAAACAUGCUGCAUGCGAGCAAAAACGUCCGGCUUAUUGCGAAUUUCUAUUAUAAGGAAAUAUGCGCUCUCGACGUGUAUGAGCUUAUUUAUAGCUUUACAACAAGCAUUAGAAACGACCUGUCCUUUUUCAGCGACUACCUGGAGGAAACACUGAAGAAUUCAGAUUACACGCAGGCAGAUCCAGAAGAGCAGGCGCUGUUUCUCUUGGGGGCUCUCUACAGCAUAGUGAACGGAAUAGAAAGCGCAUUUAUGGAGAUAAACGACUGCAUUUCGAUCGAGUUAUUAUUGCAAGGCUUUAACAAGGCGCAAAGCAAAGACUGCACAUUCUUGCAUAAAGCUGUCCAGAUUGUUUUAAAAAACAAAGCGAUUAGGCUGGCGUCUGAAAGGACAAAGAUUACAAGCGCAUAA